AUGACCGAGACCCAGACGCUGGCCGCCCAGCACCCCUACACCCAGACCCCCAGUGCGAGCCAGAUGGGGCAGUGGGCCUCCUGCUUCUGCAUCGGAGCCGUGCUGGGCCUGUUCUGCGUGAACCCUGACGCAGGGGACUACGGAGCUUGGGAGGCACAGGCUCAUGCCCUCAUCCAACGAUUUGGGGCUGCCUUUGCAGCUCAGGGCUGCACCCUGACCUUGGAAAGAACUAGAGAUUACUUCUUCCAGAUAAUCAUCGAUCCUUACUUUGCUGUUGGAAAGCCUGUGCAAAAGGGGCCAUAA